AUGUCCAGCCCCGAGGCCGAUGAAGUCUUGUACGCAUAUAUUGCUGUGGCCCCCCAUGCUGUGAGCUUGGUACUAAUACGGGAUGACAACGGCAUCCUAAAGCUGGUCUAUUACGUGAGUAAGUCACUGCAUGAAGCUGAGGUCAGAUACCCACCCUUGGAGAAGGCCAUACUGGCUGUAGUCCACGCCACGCGGAAGCUUCCCCAUUACUUCCAAGCCCACAUGGUGGUUGUCCUAACCCAACUACCCUUGAAGUUUGUACUGCGGACCGCGGAUUACACUAGAAGGAUCGCCAUAUGGAACACGGUUCUGGGGGCUUUCGAAAUUAAGUACAUGCCCCGGACCUCUAUAAAGGGCCAGGUCAUGGCUGACUUAAUGGCCGAAUUUGCUGAACCACCAGUGGAAAUAGUAGCAAAGGAGCAGAACAUGGAUGGAAAAUUGGUUGGAGUAAUCUCUACACCAGGACCCCCAUGUUGGAAGGUGUACGUUGAUGGCGUAACAAAUCAAAGGGGAUCCAGAGUGGGGCUAGUCCUAAUAUCUCCCGAGCAAAUCGUCAUAGAGAAGUCCCUCAGACUUGGGUUCCCGGCCACGAACAACGAAGCCGAGUACGAGGCCUUGCUACAAGGAAUCGCCAUGGUACAGAAAAUGGGGGGAGAGGCCAUGGAGAUGGUCUCGGACUCAAGACUGGUAGUGGGCCAGGUAAAGGGGGAAUUAGAGGCCAGAGAUGUGAGGAUGCAAGAGUACCUAAGUCGGGUCAAACACCUGCAAUCGGGCUUCGACCUCUUCAGCCUAUCGCACGUCUCCAGAAGUGGAAACACUCAUGCGGACUCACUGGCCAUGCUUGCCACAUCCUCGGCAGGGGAUCUUCCUCGAAUUAUUCUUGUCGAGCAUCUGGAUAGAACGAAUGAAGGAGCGAAAGGCAUGGUCCCUGUUCAUGAGGUCAGGGCGGGCCCCAGCUGGAUGGACCUUAUGGUGAGGUACCUUAAAGACGACAUCUUGCCCGAGGAAAAGUGGGAGGCAGAAAAAAUACGAAGAAAAGCUCCCUGGUUCUGGCUGUCCGAGGACCACAAACUGUACAAACGUUCAUACUCUGGACCAUAUUUACUGUGUGUCCACCCUGAGGCAUCAGAGCUACUGCUCGAGGAUCUGCGGGAGUCACACAGGAGGAAGAUCCCUAUCCCACCGGGCCAUUACUUAGGGAUAUUGGUGGCCGGGGAUGCAGAAGGAAGCCUUGGAGUACGUUAA